AUGGCCAAAGCUCUGCUGCUGCUGUCCCUUCUGGGCGGCCUGGGGCUUGCCCACGCGCAGUAUGUCACUUAUACGGGCUGCCACAACCACGGCAGCACCGAGUACUGCUUUGGUCCCGAUGGAAAAGAGACCCCAUUCCCCACGCCGACGGAGUCGGCGUCCAGGACAGUUCCUGUAACCGUCGCCGCCGCCGCCGCCGCCACCACGACCAGCUCCGCGGACGCCUCGGCCGUGACGGGGUGCCACAGCCACGGCAGCGAUGUAUUCUGUAUCGACGGAGAUGGCAACGAGGUGCAAGUGAUCCUGCCGUCGACCCCGACGGGGGAACUGCCGGCGCAGUACACGGGCUGCCAUUCUCACGGUUCCGAAACGUUCUGCAUGGAUCCUGAGGGAAACGACGUCCAGAUUGUCGGGGAAGAAGGCUCGACAGAAGGUUCCUCUUCAUCUGGAUCGAGCGGGGAAUCGCAGUCGGGGUCGAAAGAGGGCAUGAACUGUCACUUCCACGCGGGUGUUGAACACUGUAUAGGCGCGGGAGAAUCAGAAAGUGGAAGUAGCCAAAAAUCCUGUGGUCUCCGAACCCGCGACUACGAUGUGCCCCUGCGCAUCGGGACCCUGUUCGUCGUGCUCGUCACCAGCUCCAUCGGCGUGUUCCUGCCCAUGCUCUUGGUCAAAUUGCCUUCGGCCAAGAUCAACGGCGUUGUCUCGACGGUGAUCAAGCAGUUCGGAACGGGAGUCAUCCUCUCCACUGCGUUUGUUCAUCUCUACACGCACGCCAACCUCAUGUUCACCAACGAGUGUCUCGGCGAACUCGAAUACGAAGCCACCACCUCCGCCGUCGUCAUGGCCGGGAUCUUCCUCUCCUUUCUCUUCGAGUACAUCGGCCACCGCAUCAUUCUCGCCCGCGCAACGCGGUGCGCGUCGCCCUGUCCCGAGCAGACCGGCGACAUGUCCCCCUCAUCCACAAGCAAAGAACUACCGGCCAGCCAACCGCCGCCGCCGCCGCCGCAGCAGCAGCAACAACCACCGACCCUCGCCGCGCUGGGCCACCACCACGGCCCUCCCCUGGACCCCACCAAUCCCAACACCAAACUCUCGGUGCUCGUCAUGGAAGCCGGGGUGGUCUUCCACAGCAUCCUGAUCGGACUGACCCUGGUCGUGGCCGGCGACUCAUUCUACAAGACGCUGCUGGUGGUGAUUGUCUUCCACCAGUUCUUCGAGGGUCUGGCGCUCGGGGCGCGGAUCGCGAUGCUGCCGGGCCCGCUGCUGGGGUCGAAGGCGCUGAUGGCGGGGACCUUUGCCGUGAUCACGCCGAUCGGGAUGGCGAUCGGGCUGGGGGUGCUGCACUCGUUCAACGGCAAUGAUCAGAGCACGCUUGUGGCGCUGGGAACGCUGGACGCGCUGUCGGCGGGGAUCCUGGUGUGGGUUGGGCUGGUCGACAUGUGGGCCCGGGACUGGGUGAUGGAUGGCGGCGAGAUGAUGAAUGCGCGACUGAGCAUUGUGGCGGUUGGAGGGUUCUCGCUGAUCGCGGGAAUGGUCUUGAUGGGGGUGUUGGGGAAGUGGGCGUAA